AUGUCUGCAGCAGAGGAGAGUACAGAUAAUCAAGGUGAACAUGAAAAGAAGAGCGAGGAAAAAGAGGUACAAGAAAGGGAUCCACAAGGACAAGUAGCAAGCGAUCUCCCGCAAACCGCCGAGGAAAAUGGCGGCAAAGUCGACGAGGGUUCUGCUCAAACUGUGGAAACGAGAAAGGUAGAUGAGGGAGAAGAAGUGAAAAUAGAGAAGCAAGAAAAUGUAUCUGAGGUUGUAAAUGUGAAGGAUGAUGCAGAAAAUCCGGAGGAAAGUGAGGAAAAGAUUAAAAACCCUUCGGAGGAACAGCAAGGCACACCAGUCGAAGAAGCUGAAGAAACAGCCAUGUCUGUCGUUAUUUCCGAACCUGAUAAGAACGUUGAAACUCAAGAAGCAAAUGCUCAAACCGAGGGGAGAGAAUCACCCGUUGGAAAGGAUGCAGAUGUAUCUGCGGACGCGCCAUCUAAAGUGGAUAACAGUGAUAACAGAGUUAUCGAGUCUCAGUCGGAGCGAGAGAGUGAAGCGCCUCCAGUGGCCCCUCCGACUUCACAGGCAGAAAGGUCCAUUGAUAGCGAGCUAGGUCAUGCUGAAUCUGCAGGAAACGUUAGGGAUGGCUUCACUGCAAAUGGUAAGCUUAAUUGGUGAUAAGUUUCGUAUCAACAAAGUACAGCUGCUAUACCAUGGUACAUUCUAUUUUUUAUUUACAAACCUCAAGGCCGAUUUCCACGGAGAAAUUUUACCUGAAUCCUAUCUUUUGGAUUCUUUUUAAUAGGAUUCAGGUAAAAUGUGCGGUAUAAAUUGGCUUUGAGUUUUAUCUGACUCUUUUGAAUUAAAUUUAUAGCCUGCAUACAUGUAGCAAGCGUUUCUGGGUGAGUUCGUCGAGGAAGUUGGGACAAGAGCCAAAAAUGGAAUGGCAGGGGAGGGGGAGGGGAGAGAAGAAAAAGCUUGCCUGCAAACCCCACAAGUUUGAAAAACUGCAUUCGCCCACAAACACAGCUUCUUAUUGGUGAGGUGCUGGUAGUUUUGAUUAAAUAGCAAUCAAUACAUCAAUCAAACCAGGUUUUUUUAAUGUACGUCAUAGAUCUGGUCUGAUCUGACUUGCGAUCACAGAGUACAAAUGCAUGAGAAUUAUAUUAUUUGAAUCGUGUUUGUGCAAAGGUUUAUUUGAUCUGAGUCCCUUCAAAGUAUGAUUCGAGAUCGAGCAGUGGAGACUAGUGAAGGCCAAUUUAUUGGUAAUGACAGCAUUCAUAUCUGACUGGAAAAAUAGACUGUUUGUUGGAGAUAAAAUCAACGUAAAUCAGUACAUUGGUACUUGACACCAGCUAAAGCCACCAUGGACAAGUGAUUUGUUAACUUGUUGAAAUGAAAAGAUUCUUUUUGUUUAUUGGAAAUUUGGCAGCAUGUAUUGUAGACAACUUUUUGGCAGUGGCUGGCCUAUGGUGAUCAGCCACUCUGUAACACUCAUAGCCGGCAGAGUGAAGUGUUCGGGACAAAUUAUUGCUUUGCGACGUUUGACAAGAUUUCAGAUCAGAUAAAGCCACAUAACGUUCCAAAUGAAACUUAACAAUAAAAAAUAAGAAAUUCCUCACCAAUCGCUCAGAGUUUCAACCUUGUAUAACAGUUUCGCGUGGAGCUUGUAUUGUUAGAGAAUUUACAGUAAUCUGUUAUACUGGCUACUAUCUUGACGAGCUGUCAAUUAACAAAUGAACAGAACCGUGAAAUAUCAAGGGGUGCUUUCCAGAAUCGUAGGGUUUCUGGGCAAGCGUUUCCUCUUCUCCCCUCCCCUUCCCCCUUCCAUUUUUUUUUUGCUCCCACUCUAACUUUCGUGCAAUAACUCGAUUGGAGAUGUUUCCUACACAGGCUACCAAAUUUAACACUUGAGACAUUCAUUUUUUAUCUAAACCCACUUCCCCCAAGUCCUCAAAUUUGUGCCAGUGCCCUUUGAAAAAUGAAAUCCGAAGGGUUUUUUUUUGUCCGCACUUUUUUUGAAGAAAAGCCAAACCCCCCUUUUCAAAAACCCGCCAUCCUUGGGGUGGGGUGUGAAUAAAAAAUGCAGCAUUCCUUUCUGAGACAGUAUGAUUUACAUGAAAUUGCUAUGACUCACUCUGUAGGCUGGCUUAAAGCUUCUCAAAACAUGGCGUGCGACAGAGUUGCAUGCACGUUGUUGUACUGAUGUAAAUUGGCAUUAAAAUGAUUUGACAUGUGACUUGUGACCUUGUAUAAGUUUUAGAUGGCAGAUAAUAACCUGAGAUGGCUCUUUAUAAUCACAUGAGGAAUUAUGUCUCAGUGUCGCACUUUAUUGCAUAACCUCUCUUAUUGUAUGAGUUCAUGACAAUCCAACAGCCCAAACUCCCGUCAUACCUCAAAAACUCAGGGCCAUAGAAAGCCGUUAGCAACUAGGGGGUUCAUUGAUUUACCCAGCUCAUUGCAUUUGAAAAGGAGAGGGUUUUGGCUCCGGAGUACCUAUUGAACUGGUCUCUGUAACUAUGAAACCAGAAAAUGUUUCACCUAGCUGCAAAGACAUCAUUGUUUCAAUGCUCUGGGAGAUGAAUUUUUAUUUUCAACUUUAUGCAUGCAUGUUUUGCCUUUUUAGGAAAAAACUGGGGGGCAGGGUCAACCCCCCCAGCCCCUCCCCAUGUUACAGCCCUGAUACAGUUUUCCUUCCCAAUAAAGUAUCCUGUGUCAAGAUUUUGGUGAAUCUAGCUGCUCACAUCAAGACACUGUGCAUUUCCCAAGUUCAGUCAAAUCCUGGGUCUCAACAGUGCCCUUCCAGACAUUAUUUCAGGCUAUCUAUUUGGUUUACCCAGCCUCUCCCUACAUUUAUUUAAUGUAAAACAUUAAUAUUAUUGCAUGUUACAUGUAUCUUAUCUUCAGUCAAGUUCAUUAUCAUGCCAGAGGGACAUGUUCAGAACAUGACAUGUUCAUUAAAGCAGUCAUUUCUUGAGCUCAGAAAACAUUUUGCAUCAGAACUUAACCAGACACCCCAAAUGAUACUGCUGCUUUUUGAUGGUAUGUGUCACUUGUAUUGUUGAUGGUCAUUAAUUUGUAAUACAAUAAUAAUACUAAAAGCCCCCACCCCAAGCUUUUUUAGCCUUUGCUGUUGCUGUGGUUGUUGUUGUUGUUGUUGUUGUUGUUGUUGUUUAGGGAUGGGGUCCUAAUAGAAAAGACCGGUUGGUUGUCUUUUAUCUUUGUUUCUCAAAAGGUUUCACUAUAGGUUAUUUUUUGCGUUGUUUCAGCCACUUACCACUAUAGUCUCCAGCUUAAAUUUUUACUUUACCUUAUUGCCCUUAUUGUACAGAGACUAGUUAGUAGUAAUCAUCAGUCAAAAGAAAAGUGGCUCUAAAUCCAAAGUGACUGCAUCAUAAAGAAUAAUGAUAAUAUUUUUAAGUGAUGAUAUAAGAUUUCAUUUUAUUUAUACAUGCAUAAUUAUGGUAGUUAAUUGUUUGUGGAGACCAAUAGUAAUGUGGUUGCACUACUAAAUCCCAGGCAAAAUAUAUAGUACUACCUUUUGUUUUGUCACUAGUUGUUACAGGUAUCAUAAGAGACCUAUAAACUAAAAUUAAUAUUUCUGAAUGUAACAAGUCAAUCUUUCACCUUCUGUUGACUUUCUUAAUAUGCCUUUGCACUCUCUCCGUAAAGGGAAACUUGUAGAAGAUCAGACAGUGUUAUCUGAUCUGGGUGUGCAAGGUGGACAGACAGUUCAAGUGGAAAUCCAGUCUGCAGAUCCUGUUAAUAAGCCUCUGAAGUAUACAAAAGUAUCACCAACAUACAAACUGCCAGACAAAGUCAAUGUCAAAGUAGAAAUUGGUAAAUAUAUUUUAUGUUACAAUUGGCUCCUUUUGCACUCAGUAAAUUAAAUUACUCAGCUGACAGUGUGCCAAAUUCUUAUUUGUCACUGACAAUAUUAUUAUCAAAGAACACCAAUCCCAUAAAACUUCUGCUGUUUUCGAGACCUGCCAGGAAACAGGUCCAGCAUAACAUCAACCCGCACAAGUGACAAUGUAAAAGUUUUAUCAGACAAAUUAAAAAUCACACCAUUAAGUCCUAUGUUGAGAAGGCGAUCACAAUCCUCUCUGAAUGGGAAUAUGUAACAACCUUUCAGCCUGAAUCAGACAAUUACUUCAAGUCGUUUUCACUCCCUCAGCAACGUCUGAAUCGACGGGCUGUUAAUGCCAUCCAGUGAUGUCACUACCUUAAAAGGAAUUUUCUUGUCAAAAAUUAUUUUUUUUAAAUUUUAUUUUCAGAUGGCAGGGAAGUCGAGGUGGUUGUUCACAUUGUGCAAGAAAACAGAAAGAAGCCAUUCUUAGGAGGCUACAAACAUAGACUAACAGGAGUAGAGUUCCAUAAUGCCGCUGCUCAAACAAUUCCAAAGAUCCGUGUACCAUCUUCUGUUGAGAAGUUUCAUCGAGAUACUCAGACUUACAAACUUAGAAACAGAGUCCAGCAAACAACAAAUACAACAUCAACACAAAUGGUAUGCCAUGAGUUUGAUAAAAUUGGCUGUUAAAUGCUUAAAGUGUGCAGUUUUGUAUUUUAAUUUUGUUUCUUCGUUUAUUAGACCAAAGAUGGAUGUUAUGUAUCAAAUGUCACAGAUAAAAUACUGAUUCCAGGCAGAUAUGUCACAGCUGAGGAGCAUCACAGAAAAAUUUUAAAGAAGGUCAGUACGUGAUUGCUAAAAUUCAUAAUUUGGGGGCUUUAAGAGUGUUUUAUGAUUUAAUAAAUGAGAUUCUCUCUGUGUAUUUCUGACAAAAUCUACAAGCCGCAAUGAUCGCAUUGCCAUCAAGAUCAAGUUUGAAAGCAUUAGUUGUGCAAUGUUAGCAAAGAAGUCUGUCAAAAAGUCUGCUGCACAUUCAGAAUUUUUGUGUUGCUUAAUAGUUAUUACAACAAGGAUCCCAAAAGUGUGAUCUCCUUCAAUUAACCAAUCAGAAGUUGAGGACCGUUUCCAGCUGGCUUCUGAUUGGACUAAAUCUGUAUGAAAGGGUGUGAAUAAGUCAAAAACAGUCACUUUUGGGCUCCUUACUGUAAACCUGUUAACUGUUAUUAGUUGUUGUCACCAUGGUUACAUUACUCAAGCUUUCUAUCAGUAUUACUACGCAAAAAAGUUCUUGCUAUACAACAAUCGUGUUGAAAAAACAUUAAUUUAGUGGAAAACGUGCGACAAAAACAUAGUCUGUAGAUAUCCAUAGAGAGGCUCAAUAAUCCUUUUGAUAUAUUUGACAUAUUUUCCAGGUUAUUAUCCUGCAAACAUAUUGGAGAAGGUGGCUAGCAAAGAAUUAUGUUCAAAAGCUAAGAGAAGAUCGCAUCCGACGCCAGGAAUGGGAAAGACAGGAAGAGCUUAGGAAACAGAGGGAAAGAGCAGAAAGAAUAAGAAAAGAAUGGGAAAGAAGAAUGAAUCCCAAGACAAAGGAAGACUUUGAUCUUCUUUAUUCACAUUUAGAGAGUAAGUUGAUUGUAAAGUGCGCAUGAAAAUAUGAUGAAGAAAUGUCUUAAGUGUAGAGGCUUGUCUUGAUUUUCACAUUUCUUGGUUGCAGCUAUACUCGUUCAAUAAAAUUUUUGAUAAUUUGUCGUUACUUAACAGUCUCUUGAGGCUAACACUGCACACUCCCACAUCAUUAGAUUUUUUUUAACUCUUUUUCUUGAGGGCGGAUCUCUAGCUCUUACCCAACAAAGAUUUCUCUCUGUAAACUUGGAAUACGAUGCCUGCGGCUUACUUACUGCUAAUACAGUUUUGUAUUGUUAUUUUUCAAGAGUGGCGUAAUGAAGAAAUGGCACUUAUAGACGAGCUGUACUCUGGUCCAGAGAGAAAAGCAGCCCUUGUUGGGCUGUUAGAACAGGAAGCACAUCUCAUCGCCUCCAUUGAUAGACACAAGCUGGUUGCUGAUGAGGAGAACAAGGACAAGAGGAUCAAGAGUUUUUUGAAUAAGGUUUGCUCAACCUGUGUGUUUUUGUAAUGUCGUGUAACUUACGAUCUGAGAAAUUGAAAACAGCCGACAUUUCGCAACGUUAUGCUUGAGUCAAUUCCAGCUGCGCCGGAUUGGCAAAUGCCCGGCCCCCCCAGCAGUGCAAAAUUUGCAUAUGCCCCACCCCCGAGACUGAAAAGGCGGGCAAAUGCCCCGCAGUAGCCCGGGGGGGGGGGGGGGGGGGGUGCUGGGCGCAGCUGGAAUUGACUGAUGCAUUACCACUGGUUUCCCCCGCAAAAUAGUGAGUUUACGCUACAGGACGGCAGAAAGAAGGGAACGGCAAAACGCUUGUGUGAGACAAACGUGACAGCCCCAUUUCUUAUGUGUUUGGUGGUGAUCUUCACUUAAGUUAUUGUUUUCUGGUCUUUUACAUGAAGAAGUCACGCUUGUCACACAAGGUUUGCCGUCUAAACGUUUGCUGAAAUUCCAUACUGAUGACGUGUCACUAACCAGAUCUGAGUAGUGCCUCUGACUGGUCAUGGGAAAUCUGCCUUAACCAUCCAGAAGCACUACCCAGAUCUGGGUAGUGGCACGUCGUCAGUACGGACUUUCUGCACACGUUUCUCAGUCGUCAUUUCGCGUGAAAACUGGUGGCAUCGCCAAAUAUCGGCUGUUUUCGUGAUUUCAAAAAUGAUUCGGCUUGAAGAGUGGUGAAAAAAAUGUUUUUCCAAAUCUCUAUGAAGAUACAGUAGGCUUUUUCAAAGUCCUUCGCUUCAAUUUUCCGGUUCCAGUAGUUUGCUCCAGCGCUCCCGCUCUCUCGAUCGCUUUGCCGCCGAAAAUAUAAAUUCCUAGCUCGUGCUUUGCACUCGAGAAAAGUUAUGAGCUCGACUUUUGGGCAAGUCUAAAGAUAUUGAUAUUUGUGUCACAGAAUGGAAUUCUUCUCACGUAAAAAUUAGUGAGUAACAAGGUUGAUCCGAGUGGAACCAUAGUAAACAAUAGAAAUUUUGCAAGUUAUCAUGCAUGGAUAAAAGUUGUUUAUUCUUAUGUGUUUCCAGGCACCUUCAAUGGAACUAAGGUCGUACAUUGCUUAAUCUCGAUUUGUCGAAAUUAAUGAUUCUUAAUUUACAGUUUCUUUACGUGCUUUUGUUCUCCCCGCUUUCCUUUUUAAACAUGCUGUAUAUUUGUUUACACCGCUUUGUGCUCUGCACAGGCUGCGGCCCCAAAGCAAUGGAAAGCUUUUGACGGAAAGAUAACGGAGAUGGACACGCCCUACACCAUCCGCGCCCAAGAAUUACGGGACAUUUACAGUACGCUUAGCAUGAAGUACCUAACGCAGGAUGAAAGAUUAGAUGUACUGCUGACCCUAAAACAUACUGUAAAAGAACACGACUGUAAACUGACGCAAGAGAUUAUUGAAUUGAUUGACAGGGAAGCUGAUUUAUUGAUGAGAGGAGUCAAAGAGUCGAAUCUAGAAGGUAUAUUUAUAAGCAGUCCUGGAUUACUCACAUGCAUGCUUUGUAAAGAACAUUCCUGCAUCAUGUUCAGAUGAUGACCCAUUUAAAACGUUUUAUUUUAUUUAUUAUUAUCGUUUAUCGUUUGUUUUCUUGUGGAAAAUUAGCGACUGUUUAAUUUAGUCUUUAGUCAUUUCCUUCAAAUCGCCACUUCCACAGCAAGUAACACUACACUGUAGAAUGACCCUGGUGCUGUUCCGUAGUUCGGGGACGUUCUCUCGUCCUUCAUUCUAUUUGCGCGCGUCCCUCGCAGUUUGACACCGUUGUGAAACUUAAGGACUCCAGACGCAAGCAGAGCGUGAUAGUGCGGUGAUGCGCGUUGCGUCUGCCUCGUCUACAGGCUUUCCCAAUGGCUCAGUGGGGAGCACGGAAAAAGCGAGAAGGGCGAGAGCUGGAGACAAGCGAGAAGCGCGUGAGGGGUAUGGUGGGACGAAUUAACCCGAAUAAGCCCGCCAAGAAGGUGAUCGAGGCGACUGGAGACGAGGCUAACAAGCCCCGCACUGUUGUCAAUUGUCCUCCCGAAAGGAGCGUGCUAGCAAGCUCUCCAUUUAUGGCGAGUGAAGCGGGACUCCCCCAAAUGAAGAUCUUGUUCGCAGGCUAUUCAUAAAGCUACCUUACACGCGCUUAUUUUGUUUUUCAGGGUUACGCAAGAGAAUUUUAACUUUGUUUCUUCAGUAUUGCAAAACACCUCUUUUCAACCCCGAGGCAGCUCGGAUCAUCAAGGUACAGUAAUAUUCCUCACUAACGUUUUAUUCCCGCCGCAAAACAUCACAUGACACCUCCGUUUCAGUUCAUUUUGCUCUCGUGAUGGAAAUUUUAAGGGAGUCUGGAACGAGAAUGUUGUUUACUAGCGAAAUUUGGGAUUCAUUCGAAAUUGACUGUUAUACAGGCUAUUUUCCUUUCCAUGAUGGCAGUAUAGUUUCUGGAGGAUAGAAAAGAAGUUCGAAUUCAUAAAUCAGUAUGCAGCAGAAAAUUACAACGCUUGACGCGAAAAAUAAAUUGCUCAUACACCCGGUGAAAAAGGUUCCUAAGAAUUCAGUAAAAUAAUUAGCUCAUUUGUUACCUGACAGUGUACCGAAUUUAAGGUUAUUUUUUCUUUAUGUACUUUUGCUGCGCAUAGCAGGCCAAGACAUGCCUUUUUCUUUAGUGAAAAUGUUCUGCUUUUCUUCACCUCAAGCACGCUUAAACAAUCGUCGUGCCAUCAAUUAUAUUCCUAAUUGGAUCCCCAUCUGCCCUUUUGCAAUGUAUGGUAGCAAAACCUUUUAUCUUCUUUCUCGUUUUAAGGUUCCACAAGAUCCGUCAGUUUUACGAAAAAAUAUCUACUUCUGUCCAAGUUGCAACUCAUACUUGCCGUCAACAGAAUUCCAACUUUCAUCCAAUUCUCGGUGAGUCACAAUUAAGAUUAAUUUUAUUAUUGUAUUUUUUUCUUCAACCAUUAAUGUUAACCGUUGAUAAAGAGUUAUCGUCCGGGAAAUUUAAAGUUAAUGUCUUCAAAUCUGAUUAUUUUUCUACUGAGUUUAUUGUUUAUUUGUUUCGAUUUUGAAAAUGUUUUAUUAAACAUAUACUUUUUCCCACAUUCCUCACUCUGGGCAUCAGAGUUUUAAAAGUCACGUUUUGGCCAAAAGGCAAUAGCACUCAGCUUAGUUUCCCCCUUUAAUACUUUUCAUUAUAUCCACACAAAAGUUAGACUGCGAGCAGUCUCUUAUUUUUCUUUUGAGUCACAGUGGACGUAUAGCACAGAGCACACGUGAGAGGCGAGCGGCGAAACUGCGAGGAACGAGGGUGAUUUUUACUCGCCGUGCGUGGCGGAAAGAAGGACGACCGCUCGCGGUCUACAAAAAAGUGGUUUUCAAGGCUCGCCCAGUUGAAUUGCUUUUUACCUUUUGUCCUAAUUUGAGCAAUUGUCAAUCUGAAUGUGAAGUUUGCUGUAGUGAUGUUAACGUGAUUCCAAAUCUCUCUAUUGUACCAAAAAAAGUUAGUGAUGGUCACAUUGAAACUGAGUGAACUCCAUUCAGAAAACUGGCCCAUUCUACCCUGUAAGCAGAGGUUUCUCUCUUGCGUGGCUUUUAGCGUAGGAAGUCGUUCGCGUCGCAUUUGACGGCAACGACAACGCCUAAAAAAACAAUAGGUUUAAAGGUGAUGUUACACGAGACGAUUCGCAACGACGAUUUUUAGCGCAACACAGCGUUGCAAUGUUGGAACAAUGUUGUAACUAUUGGAAACAAUGUCGCAACAAUGUUGCAACGCUAUGUUGCGCUAAAAAUCGUCGUUGCGAAUCGUCUCGUGUAACAUCAUCUUAAUAAGCAAAACAACAACUUUGUACGUGCAUCACGCUUUUUUGUUCAUUUCUUACGACGUGAAAAUACCUAUUUUCGUGUUUUAUGGAGAACGUAAACAGGCAAUGACGAAAUUAUAUUUCGCUUUCUGAACUCGAAUAUGGUCACUUGGAAUUCAAAUUCAGGAGGGUUCGCGUACAUUUGACAAAGUAAGUAAGUAGGAAUAAUCGCGCUUAAGACUGAAAGAACGUGGAGCGACGUUCCCGUUGCUGUCGCGUCGUUAGAUCUAAAAGUCCCUAGUCGCGACUGACAAGCGGCG